AAAUAGUUGCAAAUAUGUUUAGAGGUGAUAAUUCUCACUCCCUAAGCUAUGAACAACAAGCAAAAUUUAUUCAAGAUCGAAUUACUAACGUAGAAAAAAACUUUGGGGAAUUAUGCGUUGCGUUUGGUGAUUAUGCCAGGAGAACAGCAAGACUACGGGAUCAAGGCGACGAGCUUGCUAAGGUCCUGAAGGAAUACGCGAACAAUGAAAUAGUCAAUAAGUCAUUAAGUGCUGGUCUUGAAAACUUAUCAAUAACUCUGACCGCUAUAGAAGAAUAUAGAAAUUGCGAAGUACAACGAUUAGAAGCCAAGGUCAUUGGAGAGCUUUGUCAGUACGAGGCAAUAUGCAAGCACGCGAGAGAGGAGGUAAAGCACACCAUGAACGUGAGAGAGAAAGAACUGGCCAGGAAGAAGGUUCUGGACAAAACCAGGGAGCGGCAGCCCUUUAACAGACAGCAAGUGACAUACGCGGAAUCAGAGCUUCUAAAAGCGUCAGCGGAGAUGUCCCGCACGGCGAAGGGUUUAAGCGAGCAGACGGAGUUCUUCGAGCGCCGCAAGCUGCAGCAGCUGAAGGCGCUGCUGAGCGACUUCAUGCUCAUCGAGCUGAACUUCCACGCCAAGGCGCUGGAGCUGCUGACGGUGGCGCAUCAACAGGUCGCUGACAUCAAUGAUAAGGCGGAUCUAGAUCUUCUAACAGGUCUCUCGGAAGACUCGGAACCAACGAACUUCAGAAGGAAGCUGCGGUCUCCUGAGAAGCAAAUAAGCACGGGAGUGUCGGCGCGCUCUUCGUCGCUCGCGUCGCUGCUGCAGCCCGCGCCUGCUCGAGACGACGACCCCGCGAACUUGCGAAGACUGCGAACUCCAGAGAAGCACGGUUCGUCCACGCUGCCUCGGGCGUCAUCACUGGCGGCCCUAACGAGCUCUAAGCAGGAAGAGGAAACUACGGAUUCUGAAGAAUCUGAAGAAGGCACCUCGUCGGAAGAAACCGAGUCGCGUUAAUUUGUCUGGCUGGAUCACUUUUACGUAGGGCUAAGUAAUAUACAUACUUAUAAAAACGUAUCUUAUAUAGACAGGUAUUUUU